UGUUCCUUGCCAUUAAUUUUGACAGCCUUUAUGUGCUUACUGCCUGGCUGGGCAGAGGCUAUUUUUACAAACCUUGUAUAAUAAGUGGCAAUUGCCUGAGGUGCCUCUGUGCUCUGGGUAGCAGCAUUCCUAUGAGUUGCUUGCUGCCUUUUCCCACCCAACACGGGAUUUAUUCCUCAGGGGCUCAGUGGAAUUACAAUGAUAGCACCUUCCGGGCUCUUCUGUUUUUACAGAAGAUUUAGGACAAGGACUAGGGGAAUGGAUUUGGGGAGGUGAACGUCCAGCCUCCCAUCCACCCUCUUUCCUGAGCUAAAAUGGAAACCCUGCUUCCCCCCCAGGUUUUAACCCCUCUGCCUGUGAUUUAUUUCUAAUAUUUCUGUGAGCAGGGCCUGCCUCUUGCUUACAACUUAACUUUGCUUUAUAUCAGCAAAGUUUUGACUACUUUAGCUCAAGCUUCAGGCCUCUGAUACAUGGGCUUAUGUUUCAGGCCCUCUUCCUACUACACCCCUUAUCCACUUAUCCAUCAAAUCUUUCAUCUGGUUUACAUAUGCCACAUUACUCAUCCCAGCCCCCCCUCUUAAGGCUUCUAAAUUUUACUCUAUAUGUUUCAAAUGUAAUCUGUAAUGGUUUUAAAACCAUAUCCUUGAAUUUACUAUAAUCUGAAGCAUCUCUAAUUGGAAUCUUAUUGAACAUAUCCAGAGCUCUCCCAGACAACUUUGCAAUCAAAGUGGGCAUCUUUUGGUCUUCAGGAAUUUCAUGGAGUACACAUAGCCUCUCAAAGGUGAUGAAAUAUUCAGCCAUGUCCCCUGUCUUGCUGCAUGCAGGACACAACCAUUACCAUUUGUGGAUUUUGAAGAGGUGGAGCUCUCUGGUGCGUGGGGGUUCUUGUUCUGCUUCUCUAUCAAGUUCAGUUGAUGCUUUCUCUUCCUUUCUUUUGCCUCCAUUUCUUUGGCUUGCAGUUCUAGGGCCCUUUGGUGUGCAGCUUCUUGCCUGGCAUUCUCUGCUUCUAUGGUUCUUCGGUGUUCAGCUUCUGGCUCAUUAAUUGCCAUUUGCUUAAAUUCCAUAUGUCUUUUGUGUUCUUUCUUCUUCUCUUCUGCCUGCAAUCUGUAUAGUUCCAGCUUCUUACUAGUUUUACUUUCACUCAUUUUCCUGCUUUCCUGUCCUUACUUCCCUUGCCCGAAAUAAGCAAAGAGAAAAUAACAAACUGGUAACCUCUUUGACUGAUCUCUAGCCAGGACACUUAAAUCUCACUUAAAAUCACCACCAGUGUAUGAAGUGCCAAUCUCACUCAGAGUAACAAGCUGUGCAUAUGACCCUGCUCGCUGCACCACUGUGACAGGUUCCCUCCGGGUUGCCACCUGGAACUGGGGUACCACUGAGCCCUGUCCCACCAGCCUGGGCUCCCGUUUACACUGUACUUCUGUGACAAGCUGCCAAGCUCUAUCCAGGCUCCAGCCUGCACUUUCACCAGCACACAUGCAGGUAGAGACACACCCAGCUGCAGAUACAUACAGACGUUUUGACCAGCUACUGCAUUGGAAGGCUCCAGCUAGGGUACUUCUCUAAGGCCUGGUCUACUCUACAAGUUUAGGUCGGAUUUAGCAGCGUUAAAUCAAAUUAAGCCUGGACACGUCCACACGACAAAGCCCUUUCUUUCGACUUAAAGGGCCCUUUAAACUGGUUUCUUUACUCCACCUCCGACGAGGGGAUUAGCGCUAAAAUUGGCCUUUGCGGGUUGGAUUUGGGGUAGUGUGGAUGGAAUUCGACGUUAUUGGCCUCUGGGAGCUAUCCCACAGUGCUUCAUUGUGACUGCUCUGGACAGCACUCUCAACUCAGAUGCACUGACCAGGUAGACAGGAAAAGCCCCGCAAACUUUUGAAUUUCAUUUCCUGUUUGCCCAGCGUGGAGAGCACAGGUGACCACGCAGAGCUCAUCAGCACAGGUAACCAUGAUGGAGUCCCAGGAUCGCAAAAGAGCUCCAGCAUGGACAGAACGGGAGGUACGGGAUCUGCUCGCCAUAUGGGGAGACGAAUCAGUGCUAGCUGAACUCCGUAGCAGUAAACGAAAUGGCAAAAUAUUAGAAAAAGUCUCAAAGGCCAUGAAGGACAGAGGCCAUAACAGGGAUGCACAGCAGUGCCGGGUGAAAAUUAAGGAGCUAAGGCAAGCCUACCACAAAGCCAGAGAGGCAAACGGAAGUUCUGGGGCAGAGCCGCAAACAUGCCGCUUCUACGCGGAGCUGUAUGCCAUGCUAGGGGGUGCAGCCACCACUACCCCAACUGUGUGCUUUGACUCCAUCAAUGGAGAAUCACGCAACAGGGAAGCGGGUUCGGGGUACGAGGAAGAUAGCUCACAGCAAGGAAGCGGAGAAACCGGUUUCCCCAACAGCCAGGAUAUGUUUAUCACCCUGGACCUGGAACCAGUAACCCCCGAACUCACCCAAGGCGUGCUCCCAGACCCUGAGGGCACACAAGGGACCUCUGCUGCAAAUGUUUCUCCUUCACAGAGGCUAGCGAAGAUUAGAAGGAGAAAACGGCGGACUCGGGAUGAUAUGUUCACGGAGCUCCAGAUGUCCUCCCACGCUGACAGAGCACAGCAGAAUGCGUGGAGGCAGUCAAUGUCAGAGUGCAAAAAAGCACAAUAUGAACGAGAGGAGAGGUGGCGGGCUGAAUCGCGGGCUGAAGAGAGCAAGUGGCGGGCUGAAGAGGAUAGGUGGCAUCAGCUUGCAGACAGAAGGCAAGAGUCAAUGCUCCGGCUGCUGGAGCAUCCAACUGAUAUGCUCCAGCGUAUGGUUGAGCUGCAGGAAAGGCAGCAGGAGCAGAGACCGCCGCUACAGCCCCUGUGUAACCAACAGCCCUCCUCCCCAAGUUCCAUAGCCUCCUCACCCAGAUGCCCAAGAACGCAGUGGGGGGGCCUCCGGCCACCCAGUCACUUCACCCCAGAUGAUUGCCCAAGGCUGGCCUUCAAUAAGUGUUAAAGUUUUAAACUGCAGUGUGUCCUUUUCCUUCUCUCCUCCCCCAUCCCUCCUGGGCUAUCUUGGCAGUUAUCCCUCUAGUUGUGUGAUGAAUUAAUAAAGAAUGCAUGAAU